GCUAAAUGUAUCAAAGUCAAGAUUGUGGAAAACAGCGACUCACACAGCAGAAGUGCGUGUUCCUCCGCAUUUGGUUGCACAGCGGAGAAGAACAUUUAGCCACGACUUGUUGCUAUGCAACAGCAACGCCAACCGCCAGAUUCUGCACAACAAAAUGUCUGAAAGAAGAAUCCAUGAGACCAAAAGAUCCAUGUCAUCCAAGGCAGAAAGGUCUCAAGGAGGAAAAUCUGUGAGACGUCCAGCCUCUGUCCCCUCAAAGAAACCAUCCACGAUAGACCUACUUGCUAAAGAGGAGGAAUACAAACGUAUAAAUGCAGAGCUGGAGGCAAAAACAGCCGAACUAGUAAGGCAAGCAGAACAGGUUAUGAGUGACCAAAAUGAAGUCUUGUCAAAGCCAAUCUCUUUCCACCUUGAUGUUGACAUCGAGGAGGAGGAUUUCAAGAAUGUGAACAUGCUGGAAUCUUCAGUUAUGAAGCCCACUACUAAGGUAAUGACAAAGAAAAGGGUCACAUCAAAAUCCAAUUCACAAAACAGACCUCCUGGAAACCAGAGAAAAGCACAAACAACAAAGGCAGCUGCAGUUGAGGAUGUUGCGGUUCUUGAAGAUUUUGUGGAUUUUUCCUUGGCUAAAACAAUACGUAACAUUGAGGGGAAGCUGGAUGACGGAGAUACUCAUGACAAUCUUAUGGAAGACAUCAUGCCCAGUGUUGGGGAUGAGAUGGGAUCAGAUGCUCAAAUCCGUUUUCUCAAAGCAAAACUUUGUGUAAUGCAAGAAGAAUUUAACCGGCUAUCAUAUGAGUGCAACAAAAAGGAUGAUGCAAACAGUAGUUUAAGCACUAACAUAAAGGAGGUGGAGGAGGAUCGAGCUAGACUACAGAAGACUGCAAACAUUCAGCAAACCCAGAUAGAGAAACACAGAGCUUUAGCGGAGGAGUCAAACAGAAAAGGUGAUGGGCUCCAGCAACAAGUAACUGCUCUACAGAAGGAAAUCGAGGGUUUGAAGAGAGCACAAAAACAGGCAGCAACCAAUCACAGUGCCAUAGAGUUAAGACUGAACAGAGCCUUGGAGGAAGUUGAGAGGUCCAAGACACAACUGACCAAGCUCAAGCAGAUGAGCAAGGACACAGCAGACCAGGAGCAUAAAAAAAUAGAAACAUUAAAAGCUGAAAACAAGAAGCUGGAAAAGCAAAAAGCUGAACUGAUAGUGGGUUUUAAAAAACAGCUCAAACUGAUUGAUAUACUGAAAAGGCAAAAAAUGCAUUUUGAAGCUGCCAAGAUGUUGUCAUUUACAGAAGAGGAAUUCAUGAAAGCUCUUGACUGGGGGAAAUCAUAAAGCAAUACUGAAAAAUGUAUGUAAUACAAUCUUGCUUGCCUUGAAUGUAUUCUUAUGGUUAGCUACAACAUUAAUUAUGUGGCCUUUAACAUUGUGUGGAAGUUAUGUAGUAUGUAUGCAUUGUUCAUUUAUACAGAAUAUAUUUGUAAUGAAGUUGGAUUUUAAAAGUAACAUUUUAUUACAAUAAUGGGUUAAAUCAAUUUAAACCGGAGUUGCAUCUUCACCUAAUAAAGGAAAUUGUGUUUUUUUAAAUUACCAAAUGACUUCAACUGAAAAUUGCUGCACCGCCAUGAUAGGAUUUAUGGUGUUGUGAUAUGCAGCUAGUGGGAUACAAAUUAGUCAUUGCAACUUAAUACAUUUGAGUACACCAUCGCCAUAAGAAAUCCACCAUUUGAUACAUCAAAAGAAACACUAGACAGCAUCUACCCAAUAAUGCCAUCUAGUGGUGUAGUAUAGAAAGUGGUUAUUCAUCAUCUCUCCAGCCCUCUUCAUCAAAGAUGUCGGCCUGUCGCUUUUGGAAAUUUCUUCUGAAGUCCUCAUCAAAGUGUUCAAGGUCAUCUUCCCAGAUUAUGCCCUUAACAUUAGAGAAUAACAGUCAGUUUCAAAAGUGUGAUCUUGCUGGAGCAACAUUGCAUCAAAUGUUUUUUUUAAAAGAUUUUGGACAGCCAAUGGCCAGAGUUUAUAAAGAAAAACACAAAGAAAACACUUGCAGUAGAACUAAAAACUAAGACAACCUCCUCCCUUACCAGUAGUUUUGUGGCAUGGAGUUUGAGAAGUCUUUACCUUUCCUCCUCAAUGAUCUGUCGACGCAAUGUCUCCCUCUCCUGUUCCAUUGCUCUUUCUUCAGCCUCAAGUUCCUUGGGAAGAGAGAUCAAACUUACAUUCAACAAAUGUUCCUUAAGGUACCUACAGACUACCUCUGAGGCAGACAAAACAGUGUUAAACAGAAAAGCUUCAGUUACAAUAACACCACUUUGAUGUUGAUAAAGAGUGCACAAGGGUGUUCAUGAUAAGAGCAAUAUACUGUACCUUGUCAGCCAGGUACUGCUGUCUCCUGUCCUCCAGCAGUUUCUCCACAGCCCUCUUGUGCUCAAGCUGCUUCAUGCGAUGUUUCUGGGCAUUCAUCUGCUCUAUGCGGUCGUCCUCAGCCAUCAUCAUCUGCCUGAAGGCCUCCUUCACCUUCUCAGCCUGCCUCCGCAUUUCCUUGAAGGCUAUUUUCUCUUGGCAGGUCUGCUGCAACUCCAGCCUCUGUCUGAUUCUCUUCUCCAUAUCUUCCUGUUAACCCGUUUAAAAAGGGUUGAAUCCUCUGAAGGCGGUUUGAAAAUUUUGGAAAUUAUAAAAUGUGAAUAUGCUUGCUUACGAUUUGUUUAUGCCUUGCAGCCUCGACUUGCUCCUCCUGACAAAGCUCUUCAUGAACACGCUCCAUCUCGUCACGCUGCUGCCUCUCCAUUUCAAUCUUCUCAGUGAGCUAGAAGACAUUCCUCAACAGCCAUCAAUAUUGUUGUAAUAAUUUCUCACUUUGUACACAAAAAAAGACUAGAAUAUAUUCUUAAAUAUGAACAUAGCCAAGUGUUUUGCAAAUUAAGUGACUUUUCUCCCUCUUACCAUCUGGUGAAGGUGUUCUUUUGCCUGCUCUCGUUCUCUGACUUUCUCCAUUCUGCUCUUCUCCUUAGCUGCUGGUAACUGGCAAAUUCCAGGAUGCAUCUGUUCUCAGCCUACAUCUUCUCCUGCUCCAUCAGUCUCCACUCAGUCUGCUGGCUCUUGAACUCCUAUGUACCUUUGAGUGGCUGUUAUCUUCUCCAGUCUUAACUGCCUCUCCCUGCAAAUAAGGUAAUUUGAUUUCAUUAUAUACUGAUCACUUGAUCAAGCAGGAAACUUAGACAACUUGUGAAAACAGACUGCCACUGUCCACUCACAUUUGAUCCUCAGAACUUCCUGAUGAUUUCGUCAACCAUGAGUUUCUCCUUGAGGAACUCCUCAUAAGCCUCCUGUCUCUUGUGCUCGUUCUCCUUCAGCUGCUGCUCCAGCUGGUACUGCACCACCUCCUCGUAGCGCUUAUGGUCUUGCUUCUCCUGCUCCACAGAGGCCUGCUCAUGCUCGCUCUUCAUCUUACGAGCAAUAUCAGCCUCCAGACGCUAAUGUCAGAGAAAAAUAUGUAUUCACAAAAAGCACAACCAACAAGUGUUUUGGUUCAAGUCUCAGAUGUCCCUUCUACCCCAGGAAAGGACAUUUAUGAAUUUACCACUGUCUCAUAUCUGACUCCUUUUCAGCAAUCUGUGCGGCCCUCUCCUGGUUUAGGUAUGCAGACUUGAGCUUCCUCUCCAACUCAUGGAGUUCAACACUAAAAUUACAAAGGAAACAUUAACAGCAACAUAAAACAUCUAUCCUGCAAAAACUAUGGACAGAUUAUUGUUGAUACACUAACCCUUGGAUUUUUAUUAAAGUCUGAAAGGCACUUUCCCAUCGGGCAAGUCAGGAGUAUUUUUUGGUUGACCGAAGAUUAUGAUCACUUGCCCGAAAAUGUAAAUUAGCUAUUUACACGCUGCAGUACCAUAUAUUCCCUGCCUUUCAUCUACACAUAGGGGAGGAAUCAGAAAGAUCAGUACUGGAAUUUGUUGUAAUUUGUUGUAUCAGUAAAAAAAAAAUAUUAUCUCAGAGCAGGCUCAACUUGCCCAACUGACAUAAAUUGACUGGCUUUCAGUUUUAGGCUACUAGAAUUUGUUGCAGUUCAGUUAUUUUCACUUCUUAUUUUUAAAUGACCUGCCCAAUGGGGCAACCUCAGAGCAGGUGUGACUGCUCAGUUCACUUGACCCAGGCAAUAGGAGGGCAACCCUUAAUGUCAACCCCCUCAUGUUGGGACUUACCUGUUCUCUUUUAUAUAUUGCCUCAUUUUUUCAUCUCUAAGCUUUACAUAGCUGAUGCGGGUUAGUUCUUGUGCCAUUCUCUCUUGUUCCAGUUGCUUUUCCUUGUAUAUUCUCUCCUCCACUGCCUGUAAGAGUCAGAUGAAGCAAGCAAUUACUUUUAGGACCUGUUUUCCUGACACAGAUGAGCCUAGUUGUCCUUUAAGCAGGUGCUUUUCAUGAAUGCUGUGUGAAGGUGAUACCUUGCAUGCAUACCUUAAGAGAGCAUCCUCAAUUUGGCUUUCGUGCAGCUCGUCUUGCACCUUGCGUAGGUAUCGCUUAUUUUCAAGUCUCUCCUCACUCAUUAGAUUGGUUUGCAUUUGUCUGUCCUUAGUGAUGCGUUUUGUCUGGUCUUCUCGUUGCACCUUCUGUCGUCAAUUCCAAGAUCACCCUCUGCUGCUGACUGUGCGUCAUGUUGAGCCGCUGGCUCAUUGAAGCCUUGAGGAAAGACCGCAUUAGUUAAUUUUGGUCAAUGUAUCAAGCAAAUACAUACUGGCUACUACCAGUGGGAAUAAUACAAUGUAAAUAAACUUUGGAGUACCACUCUGGCUUACUUAGCACUAACAGCUAGGUCAGGGGUUUUGAAAGUGGGGUCAUUUUAAUGAAUAUUACUAGCACCAACAGAAUCAACCAAUUUUAGACAAGGGAUCUGUGUAAGUUGCAGGUGCAAUACAAUAUAAUGUAAUAUCUUGAAUCGCUAUUGAUGUUCUUAAUCCUCUACGGGAUCGUUGUCCCUAUACUGGGACGGUUGAGCUAACGUGCGCUAAUGUGAUUAGCAUGACGUAAGUUACAGACAACUUUCCAGGACAUAAACAUGUCUUAUAUGGGCAGAAAGCUUAAAUUCUUGUUAAUCUAACUGCAUUGUCCAAUUUACAGUGAACAAAUACCAUGCUAUUUGAGGAGUGCACAACAACUUAUCAUGGCAAAUGGUUUGAUACAUUCACAUCUGAAAGGUAAAUAAUGUACUUGCAUUCAAUCUUGCUCUGAUUUGUCAUCCUGAGGGUCUCAGAGAUAAAAUGUAGCAUGGUUUUGUUUAAUAAAAUCCAUUUUUAUAUUCAAAUGUAGGAACUGGGUUCUACAGUUUGAAGUUUGAACCCCUGCUGUCUCUGGCUCUACACCCACACCGCCCGGCCAUCUAGAUGUGUGAAAGUUAGUGUAUAAGCUAAUGAUCCAUCAUGUAUGACAUUUCUGGGAGUGUAAACUUAAAUUUUGUAUUACCAUAUUUUUGUAUGUUCUCUAUAGUUAUGUACUUGAAAUGUAUCAAUUGACCAAUUCGGCACAUUUGGGCAGACUUGAAACAAAAUACUGUGCAGUAUCGCAAUGCUCCACUGGAUCAAUCUGAAUCUUUGACACACACACACACACACACACUGCUGCCAUCUGGUGGCCAAAAUCAAAAUUCCAUCAGCGUAUGUUUUUAUUUUGGUAUUAUCUUUUACCAGAUCGAAUGUGUUGUAUUCUCCUACAUUAAUUUCAGAUUUCCACAAACUUCAAAGUGUUAACUUUUGAAAUGGUAUCAAUAAUAUGCAUAUCCUUGCUUCAGGUCCUGAGCUACAGGCAGUUAGAUUUGGGUAUGUCAUUUUUGGCAAAAAUUGAAAAAAGGGUCAGAUCCUUAAGAGUUUCCAGAUGCACAUGUGCCUGGGAGGCACAGGGAUAUAGUAUCCACAGUGCUCCAUCAAUGAUACAUUUGUUCAACUGGAUUCUUCUUGCAUUCCUCAAAUGUUGUUUUGAACAUAAUGCAUUGUAAUUUAAGCUUUACAACUGAAAUAUUCUCUCUGCCUCAAGGCAAAAUGUGUAGAAUUGCAGGAAAUUUACUUUAAAAUGGCAACAUUUUAUCUGAUGCCAAAAGAGCCUUAAAUGUUAUUUCCCAGUGACCGAGACUUGUGCGCUGCAGUUAUAGUAAAACUGCUUGUAUCCUGUUUUUAAAAAAAAUAUCGCACUGUAAAGUAGGAGUUGUGUUCUGAUAUUCUGAGGGGGCUAUCACAAAAAUGGUCCCCGACGCAAACAAGUUUGAAGUUUGGGAACCUCAGAGCUAGCUAGGUAAAUUAACUAGUUAUCUAACGUCGUUAACCAUCGAAUAGCUAGAUAAUUUUCAUGGAAAACAUAAUCGACAACCAAGUAAUUUACCAUCAUUGCGUGGAGCUGUUGCAAGCCUCUCGUUGAUUUGUAUGUUUCACCAGGCAAAAAUGUAAUAAUCUUCAUCUGCCACUUUGCUCCAUUUGUUUUGCUUCCAGUCGUCUUGGUAACAUCGUGCCUUUUGUGCCUAACAAUAAACUCGAAUGUAAUUGGUUAAAGUCUG